CGUCGGUGGUAAGUGGGACCUCGUUGUUGUUUCUGCCCUCCUCACUUGAAUUACUACUGAACACACCUCUGGGAUUGGAUUUGCAAGCCACGGCUCAAAUCACAUUAGACUCUCUCACUUGUAACGAUAAUGAACUCGAGAGCACUUCUAGUGUUGGACCUAGCAAUCCUACUUGUCCUUGGAUCCCACUCUGUGAGUGGUGGAAUUCAAGUGUUCAAGUCCCAAGAACCCAUUAAAGGGGCGUGUUUGGAGACAUUGGACUCGAAGGACUUCCAAAGCCUGUCCUUUUGUCUCCGCUUCAAUACCAAUUCGUUGGCAAGUCGAUUGAUCUCGAUCUCAUCGUGGAUUCGGAACAUUGAUGACAAGAAAGCUCAUGCUGAACUUCUAUUCCUGGAGGGACGAUGGCCGGUUCCAGCAAUGAUGGGAUUUGGAACGCAGGAGAACUUCUAUGCUUACAAUUCUUGGAUUUUGACCGAUGGAGAGAGCGGAAGUUCUGAGAUCUUCAAAACUCAUGAAUGGAACCAUGUUUGUUUCUCAUUUGAUUACCACACCAAAAUAGUUCGUUUGGGAGUAAACGGAAGGUUUACGAAUGUCAAUGGAGUGGAUCAUCGAUUAGAAAAGAUAAAGCUCCCGUCAGACCUCCUUCAAAAGAUUUACUUAGGACGAUGUCCGUGGAACUUUACGGACCCCUGCUCCAAACAUAACGGUAUGUUCACGGAUUUCAAUUUAUGGGAUCGGCCAUUAUCUCCUAAAGAGAUUCUUGAUUGGACGGGAUGCCGAGGGGACAAAUUCUAUGGCAAUGUAGUAGAUUGGCGGACGUCCAAGUGGAAGAUUUGGAAUAUGGAGGUGGUGGAAGACUACUCUUAUGAACAGAUCUGUCGAUCUCGAGUGCCCGGUAUCACCCAUUUUCCAACCCAAAUGACCUUCGAAGACGCAAGUGUACUUUGCAGUAAAAUGAGAAGUUCAUUGACUGUCAUUUCGGAUGAAGCCACUCAAAACAAAACAAUAGAUAUUUUCUUCAAGCAUCAUGACGACAAGGAUCCUCUAGGACUAUUAUUUUGGAACGGAUGGUCCGAUCAACACACCGACACCGUUUACCAGUCUCCCGAUGGCAGAAUUAUGGGUAAUGACAGUUUCCAACCCUGGUAUCCCGGAGAGCCGAAUGGCGGGAAAUUUGAAAACUGUGGCGUAGUCUGGCCCCAUUUAAAUGCUUGGAAUGACGAGGCCUGUUCCACUUUGGCCAGCUUCUUCUGUACUUUACAAGAAGGGCCAAUCUUCUGGAUGCGAGGGUUACCCAAGAACUCGAAAAUGGAUUCGAAGUUCUCAUGGACAGGAGAAAUUCCUUCCAACAGCAACAGGUACAUUCUCCAGGGUUACACCGAUAGCCUUAUCUUUUGGGACGUGCAAACCCAGUCUUGGAAGCUGGAGCUCUCGAGCAAUAAGUCCAUAUAUGCCGAGGCAGACGCAUCAGAAAACUAUCCGUUAGGGUUGCAAAAUUGGACUUUUCAUAAUGCCCCUGAACUAGGCCGAUCACCGGCGUCUUUUACAUUGAGCUUGUCAGCGUGUAACGAGGAAGAGUUCAAUUGCGCUAAUGGUGUCUGCAUCAGUAUGUCCGAACGCUGCAAUAAUGUUAUAAAUUGUCCAGACAAGUCCGAUGAGAUAGAUUGUAAAAUGAUACAAAUUGAUGAUUCCUAUAUAAAACAUGUGCCACCGAUUCCCAUACUCGACCAGAAAACGAGUUCCAGGCAAUCCAGUCAAUCUCACGUGUUCAUGAACAUGGAGAUUUUGGAGAUCUUGGAGAUAUCCGAGGUGGAUUACAAAUUCACCGUCCAAUAUCAGCUGAAUCUCAAAUGGUUUGACCCUGCUCUGACAUUUGCCAAUCUCAAGGAAAAUUCCAUAUUGAACGCCAUCACAGUGGAUAUGAUGGACGAUAUCUGGUUGCCUCAAAUCACCUUUGAGAAUACCAAGCAGAAAGACGUAACCCAAUUUGAUAAAACGGCUUUUGGGUAUGUUGUUUUGAAAGGCAGUAAGAGCUAUCAACCCCGGGUUCUGUCCAAUACUCAUACUUAUCAAGGGAGUGAGAACCCAAUUGUCAUGAAAAGAAUCUAUUCAACAGUCUUCAGUUGUGAUUAUCAGUUGCGAUAUUAUCCUUUCGAGAAGCAAGAAUGCUUCAUGGAGUUCUCGACCUUGGGCAAGGACUCAUCGUACGUCAGUCUGGAAAUCGAAGAGCCUGGGGUUCAGUUUAAGGCUCCCAAAGAAUUGACCCAAUAUUACAUUGUCAAUUUCACAGCCGAGAAACUUAGUGACCGCGUCCGGAUCCGCAUUGAAAUGAAGCGCCGGAUAAUUGAAACGAUCCUCACCACUUAUGUCCCUUCGCUUUUGAUCUGCGUCAUUUGCCACUGCACAGUCUACUUUCGAGAUGGACUUUUCAAGGCCGUAGUCACUGUCAACAUCACCUGCCUUCUGUGCUUAAUCACAAUGUUCACCAGCGUUUCAGAUUCGCUUCCGAAAACUUCAUACGUGAAAAUGAUUGGCAUAUGGUUGUUUAUGACAAUAUGUGUACCUUUCCUGGAGGUCUUGCUAGCUACUUGGAUCCAUUGUCACAAGGAUGAUGUUAAUCUAAAUCCUGCACCAAAGGAGAUUGCGGUUCAACCGUUAAAGCGGUUGAAAAAGGAGAAGGUGCAACCAGUUUUGACAGAACUUGACGGAAUCUUCGGUCAACCUGGUGCGCAACCUCCAAAAAUGGAUGCAAUAUUACCGAUCUUAACAUGGAUUGCAAAUUAUGGAAUACCGUCUGUUUUCAUCUUAUUCGUGGCAGUGUAUUGGAUAAUAGGGGUUUCGAUCUACAUGAAAUAAGUUGAUG